AUGCGAGAAGGAAAGCGCCACCACAUCAUGAGCCACAAGCAAGAAGAACGACACAUGAUGAAGGAAUACAAGAAAUCUGAAGAUCUGGCGAAGGCAAUCAAGAGAGGUGACUACGGGAGAAUCUCCACCCAUACAAAUCGCGAAGGGAGAAUCGAGUUGAUCACGGACAAAGGGCAAAAGAUUGAAAAGGCGGAGAAGAGGAGAGAGGAAAUGGAGAAGAAGAAGGCUCCUAAUUAUGCCGCUGCUUCUGUCAGAGCUCACGAGGAUGAUCAGUUUCUGGCUCGCUGCGUCCGCCAAGUCGUUCAACAAUACGAGAACCGAAUAGCGUCGGGCCGUCCUUUCCCGCCCCAGGCUGAGAUGACCGUCAAAAUAGAACUUAUCGUCCCUUAUGGAAAUGAGCCUGUUGAAAUCAUCGCCGAAGUGCCUCAAUUCUCCGCCACAAUCACCGGAGCCUGUUUUGAUCGCAGCGCCAAUGUCAUUUUCACCGACACAAGCGGUUGUAUCAGAAUGAUAAACCAAGAAGGCGACGCACUCUGGGAAACAACAAUGGGUUAUCAGUCUGGAUUUCGACCAGGCAAUCUCCUCUAUCUUUCUACACGUAUUCUAUCCCACACGAAAUCAUCCCUUUGCGCUGUAAACAUUCUUGAAUCAGACCAUUCACCAGUACUCUACAGUAUCUCAGGGUCAGUCCAGAACGUGAGCGGCUACGGUGGCUCCGAAUUUAUCGUUAUUUCUGGUGGAAAGGCGAUGAAAUCAAUCGCCGCUCGGAAAUCUGUCCAUCGACCGGAACCCAAGCCCAGAAUCGAAGAAUCAGAAACGGUCGAUUUGGAUAAAGCUUUCAGUGCUGCGCGCGGCUUUUUCUCGCAGAUCAAGAGACAGGUUUCCAAAUCGAAACAGCCUGUGUUCAAUAAAGUCAAGCAAGUGACAGAGAGCUUAUCGCGCGAGAUACGACGAGAGAUUUUCGACGAUGAGAUUUUCAUCAAUGAGAGCACCGAAAAAGACGAGAAAGCGGGGCAAAUCAAUGAGGGCGAAAAAGAGCGUUCAAAGUUGAACACUCCCAGUCCCACCCCGCUAGACACAGACACACUUAUCAUCGAACGUAAAAUAAAACCGCAAAUCAAGAAGAAAAAGAAAGAGAAAAACGAUAUUCCCUGCAUUCCUCCGCACGAGAGCCCUGUUUCCCAAGACGCAGAGAAACAAUUACCGAUUAUUGGAAAAUCGACGACAGAUAUUAACCAGAGAGAAAUAAACGCACAAGAGAUUGCCGAAGCAAUAAACAAAGCCUGUUUUAAGGUUGACGAAGAAAACUCAACAGAAAGUUCCACUUCAAGCCAAUCACAAUUCACGAUCCCAAUUAUAACUUCCGCACUUUCAACUUCCUCACUGUCUACUCCCAAGUCUUCCUCACCUUCCAACUCUUGGAUCAUCAUCGACGACGAGCAACCUGCAGCGGCCGAAUCCUCCUCACCUUCCGAUUACGAUGAAGUCAUCAAUUCGUGCUACGACGAAAUCUAA